AUGUGGGAGUGAGUGAAAGCAGAAGAAGAAUGGAAGUGAUGCAGCGGGUGGCGUUACGGUUGCCUGUGGUUCCGAUAGCUUUCCAAUACGGUGUCGUAAUGAGCAGUUACUGCACAACCGGAAUGGGAGUGUUGAGGAAGAAGAUGAGCUCAAGUUCAGGUUCAGGAUCAGGAUGGUUUGCGGGGAAAUUGCCGAAAAUAGUGAAAGCUGGAGAGCGUGUUCUUCACCAGCCUGCAGAAGAAGUUGUUGGGAGCGAGAUGAAGUCUGAGAGAGUGCAGAAGAUCAUCGACCACAUGAUCCGUGUCAUGAGAAUCGCACCUGGAGUUGGCCUCGCUGCUCCGCAGAUUGGAAUCCCCUUAAGAAUAAUUGUUUUGGAAGAUAGAAAAGAGUAUAUGAAUUAUGAAACAAAGGAAGAGAUUAAAGCACAGGAUAGAAGACCCUUUGAUCUUUUGGUGAUCCUGAAUCCCAAGUUGAAGAAAAAGACUAAUAGGACUGCCCUAUUCUUUGAAGGCUGUUUGAGUGUUGAUGGAUAUAGUGCUGUGGUAGAGCGGCACCUUGAUGUUGAGGUUGCAGGUUUUGAUCGUUGCGGGGAACCCAUCAAACUAAAUGCUAGUGGUUGGCAGGCCCGGAUUUUACAACAUGAGUGUGAUCACCUGGAUGGAAUACUGUAUGUUGAUAAGAUGUUACCAAGAACUUUCAGAGCUGCACAAAACGUGGAUUUGCCUCUUCCCUAUGGGUGCCCCAAACUUGGCCCCCGCUAAUGCAGUUUCUUUAACUUGAUGUUAUAAUGCAGGUAACAUCUUAUCACAACGAGUUUCUUGUGCACAUUAGCGAAAGGUUGACACUUAAGAUCCUAGCAUGUAGUAAUUCUCAUGAUUUUUAAGUUAAAAAAAUAAUCUGAGUAUGGGAAUCAGUAAGUUUUCCCCCAGUUCUCAGGGUUAUCACAUUGCAACAAUUGUUAUUGCAAUUCGCUUUUAUUUUUCUUUUGUUAUCAAUUCACUUAAUACAACUUUCAAUGCGCUCUGGGUAUUGAUUUUGCUUAGCUUUUCUCUAGGUUGUGCAUCUUACAACCAAUUUGGAGUAUGUACCAUCAACAUGCUG